CGUUCCAUAGAAUGACGUAGGUUUUAACGCGAAUAUAACGAAAUAUGUAAUAAAAGCCUAAUUUGUUAAAAAGAUGUGUCGCAAAAUUCCAAGCAGGGCUUGGUUAGCCAUGAUGCUUUUCUGGGGAACCUUCGUAAAUUACAUGUUCAGGUCACACUACCAAAUAAGCCUUCUUGCAAUGAUGGCACCAAGAAACAACGAAACUGUUCAGGAUUAUGGACCUCGCUAUGACUGGUCAUACGAGUGGGAACAACAGUCCAUCAGUGCACUGUUUUAUGGUCUAACGAUCAUUUCCAUACCUGCAGGUUUAUUCGUAACCUUCUUUGGACCUUUCAACGUUUUGGUAUGGUCUUCUGUUAUCAUGGCAGUUUUAUCUGGUUGUGUAGUGGUGAUGGCUUACUACGUUGGACCUGGAGGUGUUUUUGCGAUGAGGUUUUUUGUUGGAGUCAUGGUCGGCCUUCAGUACCCAGCUAUGCAGAACUUGGUGAGCAAUUGGGCUCCUCCACAAGAAAAAGGAAAAUUUAUAGCUUGUAUGAUGGGAAACACCUUCGGUUCCGUCAUAACCAUGCCUUCAGCGAGCAUGGUCAUCGAACAGCUGGGAUGGGAGUGGUCUUUCUACCUGUUAUCACCUGUAGUGGUGGUAUUUGUUAUCGCCAUGUAUCUUUUGGUGGCCGACCAUCCACGAAACUACAGAUGGAUAAGGCAGGAAGAGCUCGAGUUUAUCGAAGCUUCACAUGGCACCUCAGUGAACACACAGAAAAAAAAAAAAAACCCUCCAUAUUGUAAGAUGUUCCUUUCGUGCCCUUUCUACGCCCUGAUAGCUGGUCAGUUUGGCAACCAAUAUAUCCUGUUUUUGGCGUUGACCAUCGUUCCCCAAUACCUGAAGAGGGUCUUAGGCUUCAACCUAAAGGAAUCGGCAGGUAUAGCAGCGCUUCCACAGCUUUCCAGGUUGAUCUCGGGGUUUAUUUUCGGAGCAUUGAACGAUUUUUUGAUACAGAGGGGCGUGCCGAAGAAAUAUUGUCGAAAAGGAUUUACUUUAUUCUCUCACAUACUAACUGGAGCUUCACUAUGUCUAUUCCUUGCGAUUGGAUCUAGUUCCCUUGCUGCUAUAUGUUUGCUGGUGAUGAUGAUGGCUUUCAAUGGUGCAGCAGUGGUUACCGUGCUGAUGAACGCCCAGGAUUUGGCUCCCAAUUGGUCUGGUACGCUGUAUGGAAUCAUGAACUUCUUUGGUGGUUGGGGUGGAUUUGUUGCCCCCAUUCUCGUGGAAAAAUUAACGAGAGAGAACACAAUAGGUCAAUGGGCUAUUGUCUUCACGAUAGGUGGUGCUAUAGGUAUUACAACUGGUAUAAUCUUCAUUUUAUUCGGCUCAACAGAGAUUCAAAGUUGGAACCUUAUAGAGGAGACAACAGAAGAGGGAGGGACUGCAAAGUAAAAAGCCUGCUGUAUCUUAUGAGACUGAAUGAAAUGUAAAUAGGUUUUUAUUUCGAAAACAAUAAAAUGUAC